AUGGUCGACCCGUCAGUCCCCCAGCCUGGCCCAGCGCGACUGAAGCCCAAUGCCGGUCCGGACGAGUGGCUCGAGGCGGCCAGGAACUGCAAGUACCUCUCGGAGCACCACAUGAAGCAGCUGUGCGAGGUGGUGAAGGAGUACAUGAUGGAGGAAUCGAACAUCCAACCGGUCUCCACCCCCGUCACGAUAUGCGGCGACAUACACGGGCAGUUCUACGACCUGCUAGAGCUCUUCCGCGUCGCCGGUGGGAUGCCAGGCGAUACUCGACCCGCCGCCCCCGCCACGGUCAUCACAUCCGACGACAUCGAGCCGCCGACGACCAUCACAGAUCCGAAGCUGAAGCAGAGACUGAGAAACAGCUCGCCGCCCAACUCUGUCAUCGAAGACGACGGCGACGAUGAACCGACCAAAACGGCGGGGGACACAUCGCCCAUCGGCAACUUCAUCUUUCUAGGCGACUACGUGGACAGAGGAUACUUUAGUCUGGAAACACUCACCCUCUUACUCUGUCUGAAGGCCCGGUAUCCGAACAAAAUCACGCUUGUUCGAGGAAACCAUGAAUCCCGCCAGAUCACACAGGUGUACGGCUUCUACGACGAAUGCGUCCAGAAAUACGGCAACGCAUCGGUCUGGAAGGCAUGUUGUCAGGUAUUCGACUUUAUGACUCUCGGCGUCAUCGUGGAUGGGAAGGUGCUCUGUCUACACGGUGGGUUGAGCCCGGAGAUACGGACGCUGGACCAGGUGCGUAUCGUGGCCAGGGCGCAGGAGAUCCCGCAUGAGGGUGCGUUCUGUGAUCUUGUCUGGUCCGAUCCAGACGAGACAGAGGAUCUAACCUGGGCCGUCAGCCCGCGUGGAGCAGGCUGGCUAUUCGGCAGCCGCGUGGCUGAUGAAUUCUGCGCGGUAAACGACCUGAACCUCAUCGCCCGCGCCCACCAGCUCGUCAACGAAGGAUACAAAUACCACUUCGACAGCCAGACGAUGGUGACGGUCUGGAGUGCACCGAACUACUGCUACCGAUGUGCCAACAUGGCUAGCGUGUGCGAGGUGAGAGAAGACCUGAAGCCGGUGUUUAAGCUCUUCGCUGCAGUGCCGGCGGAGAUGAGACAUGUUCCUGUUUCGAGGCCGCAGAAGGCAGAGUACUUCCUGUAA